AUGAAGAGGGCUCACAAGGUGGUCCUGGCCCAGCCGGCGGCGGCUGCUGCGAUGACGCCUCGGCCGCUGCCUCGCGCGCCCCGGCCCGUCCGCGGCGACGGGGGCGAGGCGUUCAGGGCGAGCCAGAGGUACCAGAGCCUCCUCCAGGACUACAAGGAGCUCCUCAAGGAAACUGCAGCAAAGAAGAACAGAUUGCAUUUGGAGAAGCUGAAAAAGCAAAGGCUUUCGGCUGAAGUCAAGUUUUUGCGGAGAAGGUACACAUCGAUGUCCGAAAAUCCAUCUCAGACUGCUGUUUAUAGAUUGAAGAACCCGGCAAUGGCGCCUACUUCCCGGACAGCCGUGUGGGUUGAUCACCACCGGUCCGUUCAGGCUGUUGGGAGUUCAAGCAAAGGUCAUCAGCCCGCACAGCAGCAAAGGCAGCAUCCGGUUCCACGGGCGUCUCCGGUUAUCGACCUCAACGAGGCUUGUGAGCUGAGUUCCUCUGAGGAGACCGAAGAAUUUCAUGGUUACCAGGAGACUGCUAGGGCAGACAAGGUGAACAAGUACAUGUUAGAGGGCAAUGUUGUCGCCGGUCCUAGUGACUCGAAAAUGUCGGCGUUCUGGGAUGCUCGGAACCCUGCGGCGGCGCGAGCUGGGAAGAGGAAGAUCUCAUGGCAGGAUCAGUUGGCUCUUAGAGUAUAG